AUGGUAGAAGCUCAUUCUUGUACUCGAAGCAACAAAGGCGGUAAUAACCGUGCCACACAAGGAUGGGUUGCUGGUAUAGUUUCAGACAAGUUAAAAUCAGAUGGGGAUGUCACUCCUGCAGAACUUAGGAAAUGGAUAUUGAAAAUUUACAAUGUGGAUGUACCAUAUUUGAAAGUCUUUAGAGGGAAGGAACAAGCUUACACUGAUAUAUAUGGUAAGUGGGAAGAUUCAUUCAUUAAGAUGGAUGAUUUCAAAGCGGAACUACUAAAUAAGAAUCCAGGAAGUGUUGUUGAGAUUGACUUUGAGAAAAAAGGUGACAAGAAACACUUCAAGAGGUUUUUUAUAUCAUUACCAGCUUGCUUUAAAGGGUUUCUAGCUGGUUGUCGUCCUUAUAUUGGUCUUGAUGCAUGUCAUCUUAAAGGGAAGUAUAAUGGGGUAGUAGCUGCUGCCACGGGAAUUGAUGGUAAUAAUUCAAUAUUCCCAGUUGCCUAUAGUGUGCUUGAAUCAGAGAAUACUGCAUCGUGGACAUGGUUCCUUGAGUCGCUAAAAAAAGCAAUUGGGACACCAGACGGUCUUGUCAUCUCAUCUGACAUGCAAAAAGGGUUAGAAGUAGCUAUUAUGCAUGUUUAUUCUAAUGUUCAGCAUAGAGAAUGCAUAAGGCACUUGUAUAGCAACUUUAAGAAACAUUUUCGUGGUGACUUCUUCUACUCUAACCUAUGGGGUGCUGCAUUAACGUACCAUUCCAGUGAGCAUGAUAGAUUUAUGAAACAAAUUGUUGGUUUGCGUGAAAAUGCGAUUACAUAUCUUACUCAGAACCAUAAUAAGAUAUGGAGUCGAAGCAAGUUUGGCACAAUAUCCAAGUGUGAUUAUAUUACCAACAAUAUCUCUGAGGCAUUUAAUUCUUGGAUAGGAAAACUGCGUUAUAAGCCGGUGUUGGAUCUCCUUGAUUCCAUUAGGGAAAAAAUGAUAAAAAGAUUUGAUAAGAAAAUAAGGAUUGUAAAAAAAUGGAAUGGCACUUUAGUUCCUAAGGCAAAAAGUUAUCUCAAUCAGAUCUCCAAGAACUUGGGUGAAUACAAAGUUUCAAGAACCAGUGAUACUCAAGCUGAAGUAACAUAUAAAACAAAACGUUAUGAGGUUAAUCUUCUUGAGAGAAAAUGCAGUUGUCGGGUGUGGCAAGUUAAAGGUCUCCCUUGUGUACAUGCAACAACUUUGAUUGCUUUCACAAGAGAUAGUGAUUGGGACAAAUAUGUUGAUCCAUAUUUCUCCAUUGAGAAAUUUAAGGAAGCAUAUGCUUUAGAUUUUGGUACAAUAUCUGGGAAAGAUCAAUGGGUACAUAUAGAUACAGAGGAGAAGAUAUACCCGCCUAUUAUUAAACGCCCUCCCGGAAGACAAAAAAAAACAGAAUUGUAUCACGAAACGAACCCAAAAGGAGAAGUCAUAAGUGUCCGCGAUGUGAAUGCUAUGAACUGUUACUUUAUUAGGAGACGAGGAAAGAAGAGGAAAGCUCAUGAAAAUGGUGCAGAUUAA